AGAGCCAGACAGAUUUUAUAGACAUUGGCUGUGAAUUUAAGGAAUGUAUGCAGCGCGAAAUUUGAUAAGAGUAUAUACUGAUGGUAUAAAUCAAUUAAAUAAUCUUUAUCCUAUAUAUUACCUUUAUUCCAUAAUCAAACCAUUAACUGAAUAAGAUAAGUGAACAGGUUUUAGUAUAAAAUCUAUCUCACCUUCCUACCAGACAUUAGUUGGAUCUACACAAUUGAAAACCCAAAAUGAAAUUCCUCGUUGCCUUCGCCCUGAUCGCCGUGGCUUCGGCCCGUGUCUUUGAACCUAUUUCCGUUGGACCGGCACUCGUCGACACCUACGAACCCAUCGACACCGAACCCGCCUACGUAGACAUCCCUAUCACUGACGGUGGUGUAGUGACUGCUCCCGUGAAGCCCACUCCUGUUGUCGUUGGACCUGCUGUUCCCUCCGGUGCCUCUCCUCUUGUGCAGCUCAUCGUGAACGUCAACGUUCCCGCUGGUGUUUCUGAUGGACCCGCUGAAAUCAAGCCCGACCCCGUUAUUGUCGCCGAAGAGGCUGAAGAGGGCCCCAUUGUCCCUGUCCCUGAGCCCGUCAUCGUUGCUCCCAUCAACCCCAUCCCCGUCGCCCCCGUCAUCAUUGGCACUCCCAUCAUUCCCGCUCCCGCCGUCACCCUCCCCGAGGAACUCAACUAAACGAAUGUACAAAAUUUAUUCUCGUUUCGAUGAAAAUAAAAUAAACUAACAAUUUUAUAAUUA